CGCCAUCUUGGGCUCCGCAGUCUCCUGCGUGGGCAGCGUGGGCUUGUCGCGCGGCCUCGGACGCCCCAGGAAACGCCGUUUCGGGGAGCGCCGUGAGGAGGACGCCAGAUGCUUCGGAGGCAGAAAAUGUGGUCAGUGUCCUUUGAGGACGUCGCCGUAGACUUCACCUGGCAGGAGUGGCAGGAGCUGGACUCUGCUCAGAGGACUCUCUACAGGGACGUGAUGCUGGAGAACUACUGCAGCCUGGUGUCCUUGGGACACUGCAUGACCAAACCUGAGUUAAUCUUUAAUUUGGAGCAUGGAUUUUUGCCAUGGAACAAAGCAGAAGCCUCAAUCCAGAACUUCCCAGAUGUUCGUCAAGUGAGUACCCUAAUUAAGAACAGCCAGGAAAAUCAGAGAACUUUGUGGAAAAUGCAAAUACCUAAGAGUAAUACUUCAAAUGAAGAGAUGGAAACAGGACCAAAGAUGAGACCAAAACUCCAGCAAGGAACAAAAUCCUAUAAGUCAUGUGCAAAAACAUUCUACCAGGUAUCACAGGAGAGCAAGAAUCAGCGAUCUCAUACAUGUGAAAAACCCUAUGAAUGUAGUAAGUGUAAGAAAGCUUUCUACUAUAAGUCAGUUCUAACUCUACAUCAGAAAAGAAGGCAUCACAGAGAGAUGCCCUAUGAAUGUAAAGAAUGUAGGAAAAUAUUCUACUUGAAGUCAAACCUGACUGUACAUCGAAUAACUCAUGGAGGAGAGAAACCAUGUGAAUGUAAAAAAUGCAAGAAAAAUUUCUACAAGUCAUACCUCACCAUACAUCAGAGAAUUCAUGCAAAUGAGAAGCCAUAUGAGUAUAAAGACGGUAAGAAAGCUCUCUACCAAAAGUCAUGCCUCUCUGUCCACCAGAGAACUCAUGCAGGAGAGACUUUUGAAUUCAAAGAAUGUGGGAAAGCUUUCUACCAAGAGGCACAACUCAUACAUCAGAGAUCCCAAAAAGAUGAGAAACCCUACAAAGGUAAGGAAUGUUGGAAAGCUUUCUACCAAAAGGCACACCUCAAUAAACCUCAGAAAGUUCCCACAGUUGAGAAGCCCUGUGAAAAUAAAGAAUGCAGGACAGCUUUUGGUGAAGAGGCACCACUCGCUGUACAUCAGAGAUCGCACACAGGUGAAAAACGCUAUGAAUGUAAAGAGUGUACAAAAGUUUUCUCCCAAAAGUCUUACCUCACUGUACAUCAGAGGUCUCACUCAGGAGAGAAGCCGUAUGAAUGUAAAGACUGUGGGAAGGCUUUCUAUCGUAAGCCACACCUGACUAUACACCAGAGGUCUCACUCAGGAGAGAAGCCGUAUGAAUGUAAAGACUGUGGGAAGGCUUUCUAUCGUAAGCCACACCUGACUAUACACCAGAGGUCUCACUCAGGAGAGAAGCCUUAUGAAUGUAAAGACUGUGGGAAAGCUUUCAACCAGAAGGCACAGCUCACUGUGCAUCAGAGGUCUCACACAGGAGAGAAGCCAUAUGAAUGUGCACAAUGUGGGAAAGCUUUCAACCAGAAGGCACAACUCACUGUGCAUCAGAGGUCUCAUACAGGUGAAAAACCCUAUGAAUGUAAAGAAUGCUGGAAAACUUUCUUCCAAAAAGCUCACCUCAGUAAACAUCAGAAAAUCCACACAGGCGAGAAGCCUUAUGAAUGUACGGAAUGCCGGAAGGCUUUCUAUGAAAAGUCGCAGCUCACCGUGCAUCAGCGAUCUCACACAGGACAGAAGCCCUACCAGUGCAAGGAGUGUAAGAAGGGGUUCUCCAAAAAGUCACAUCUCACGAGACAUCAGCGGUCUCAUACGGGAGAGAAGCCCUACGAAUGUAAAGACUGCGGGAAGGCUUUCCACUAUAAAUCUGAACUCACUCUCCAUAAGAGGUACCACACAGGCGAGAAGCCUUAUGAGUGCAAAGACUGUGGGAAGGCUUUCUACCGACAGUCGACCCUCACCAUACAUCAGCGCUCGCACACCGGGGAGAAGCCGUAUGGAUGUGCGGAGUGCGGGAAAGCUUUCUUCCAAAAGGCCCACCUCACUGUACACCAGAGGUCUCACACAGGCGUGAAACCCUAUGAGUGCACGGAAUGUGGGAAAGCCUUUUACCAAAAGGCUCAACUCACUGUACAUCAGAGGUGUCAUACGGGGGAGAAACCAUAUGAGUGCAAAGUGUGCAGAAAACUCUUCUACCAGAAGUCAUAUCACAGCAAACAUCAGAGAAUCCACACAGGUGAGAAGCCUUAUGAAUGUACUGAGUGCCGCAAGGCUUUUUAUCGAAAGUCGCACCUCACCAUACAUCAGCGAUCUCACACGGGAGAGAAGCCGUACCAGUGCAAGGAGUGUAAGAAGGCCUUCUCCAGAAAGUCACACCUUACAAGACAUCAGCGGUCUCAUACGGGAGUGAAGCCUUACGAAUGCAAAGAAUGUGGGAAAGCUUUCUUCCAAAACUCCCACCUCACUAGACAUGAGAAAAUUCAUGUCUCCCUGUCCUCCUUGAUCAGGAAGACAGGCAACUUACCAGGAGGCCAGCGACGCCAGAUGCUUCGGAGGCAGAAAAUGUGGUCAGUGUCCUUUGAGGAUGUCGCCGUGGACUUCACCUGGCAGGAGUGGCAGGAGCUGGACUCUGCUCAGAGGACCCUCUACAGGGACGUGAUGCUGGAGAACUACUGCAGCCUGGUGUCCUUGGGACACUGCAUGACCAAACCUGAGUUAAUCUUUAAUUUGGAGCAUGGAUUUUGGCCAUGGAACAAAGCAGAAGCCUCAAUCCAGAACUUCCCAGAUGUUCGUCAAGUGAGUACCCUAAUUAAGAAUAGCCAGGAAAAUCAGAGAACUUUGUGGAAAAUGCAAAUACCUAAGAGUAAUACUUCAAAUGAAGAGAUGGAGACAGGACCAAAGAUGAGACCAAAACUCCAGCAAGGAACAAAAUCCUAUAAGUCAUGUGCAAAAAAAUUCUACCAGGUAUCACAGGAGAGCAAGAAUCAGCGAUCUCAUACAUGUGAAAAACCCUAUGAAUGUAGUAAGUGUAGGAAAGCUUUCUACUAUAAGUCAGUUCUAACUCUACAUCAGAAAAGAAGGCAUCACAGAGAGAUGCCCUAUGAAUGUAAAGAAUGUAGGAAAAUAUUCUACUUGAAGUCAAACCUGACUGUACAUCGAAUAACUCAUGGAGGAGAGAAACCAUGUGAAUGUAAAAAAUGCAAGAAAAAUUUCUACAAGUCAUACCUCACCAUACAUCAGAGAAUUCAUGCAAAUGAGAAGCCAUAUGAGUAUAAAGACGGUAAGAAAGCUCUCUACCAAAAGUCAUGCCUCUCUGUCCACCAGAGAACUCAUGCAGGAGAGACUUUUGAAUUCAAAGAAUGUGGGAAAGCUUUCUACCAAGAGGCACACCUCAAUAAACCUCAGAAAGUUCCCACAGUUGAGAAGCCCUGUGAAAAUAAAGAAUGCAGGACAGCUUUUGGUGAAGAGGCACCGCUCGCUGUACAUCAGAGAUCGCACACAGGUGAAAAACGCUAUGAAUGUAAAGAGUGUACAAAAGUUUUCUCCCGAAAGUCUUACCUCACUGUACAUCAGAGGUCUCACUCAGGAGAGAAGCCGUAUGAAUGUAAAGACUGUGGGAAGGCUUUCUAUCGUAAGCCACACCUGACUAUACACCAGAGGUCUCACACAGGAGAGAAGCCGUAUGAAUGUGCACAAUGUGGGAAAGCUUUCAACCAGAAGGCACAACUCACUGUGCAUCAGAGGUCUCAUACAGGUGAAAAACCCUAUGAAUGUAAAGAAUGCUGGAAAACUUUCUUCCAAAAAGCUCACCUCAGUAAACAUCAGAAAAUCCACACAGGCGAGAAGCCUUAUGAAUGUACGGAAUGCCGGAAGGCUUUCUAUGAAAAGUCGCAACUCACCGUGCAUCAGCGAUCUCACACGGGAGAGAAGCCCUACCAGUGCAAGGAGUGUAAGAAGGGGUUCUCCAGAAAGUCAAACCUCAUGAUACACCAGAGGUCUCAUACGGGAGAGAAGCCCUACGAAUGUAAAGACUGCGGGAAGGCUUUCCACCAUAAGUCUGAACUCACUCUCCAUAAGAGGUACCACACAGGCGAGAAGCCUUAUGAGUGCAAAGACUGUGGGAAGGCUUUCUACCGACAGUCGACCCUCACCAUACAUCAGCGCUCGCACACCGGGGAGAAGCCGUAUGGAUGUGCAGAGUGCGGGAAAGCUUUCUUCCAAAAGGCCCACCUCACUGUACACCAGAGGUCUCACACAGGGGUGAAACCCUAUGAAUGCACGGAAUGUGGGAAAGCCUUUUACCAAAAGGCUCAACUCACUGUACAUCAGAGGUGUCAUACGGGGGAGAAACCGUAUGAGUGCAAAGUGUGCAGAAAACUCUUCUACCAGAAGUCAUAUCACAGCAAACAUCAGAGAAUCCACGCAGGCGAGAAGCCUUAUGAAUGUACGGAGUGCCGAAAGGCUUUCUAUGAAAAGUCGCAGCUCACCUUACACCAGCGAUCUCACACGGGAGAGAAGCCGUACCAGUGCAAGGAGUGUAAGAAGGCCUUCUCCAGAAAGUCACACCUCACAAGACAUCAGCGGUCUCAUACGGGAGUGAAGCCUUACGAAUGCAAAGAAUGUGGGAAAGCUUUCUUCCAAAAGUUCCACCUCACUAGACAUGAGAAAAUUCAUAGAUGAUAAGCUGUGUGAAUGUAGAGAUUGCCGGGGAGUUUUCCACUUCAAUUCAGCCUUGACUGAUCGUCAGACAUCUCGUACAGGUGAGAAGAAUUAAUAAUGUAAUGAAUGCAGAAAAGCUCUCUUGUACAUCAGUACUCAACAUGAGAAGAGUCAUAUGUGAGAGUCUUACUGUAAGGAAUCAUUGGGAGCCAGGUGUGGGGACACACAACAUUAAUCCCAGUACUUGAGAGGCUGAGGCAGGCCUGGGCUACCGAGAGAGUCCCAAGUCAUCCUGGGCUAGAGUGAGACCCUACCUUGAAAAAAACAACAAAAGAGAUUCAACUGGGCAUAUUGUAAUUGUAUGCAGACAUGGUAGAAAAUUUGGAAUUGCCACACUUGGUUUGCCUGCAUCUUGAGUGCUGGGAUUACAGGUCGUACUGCAAUGACAGGUUUCAUGUUUCUUUAAUGUGAAAAUAUAUAGUAAAACCUCUAACCUUUUCUUUAUCUCAAAUUUUUGGAAAUGUCAGUUUAUGUAAUUUGGAUAUGAAUUCUUAGAUGCAGUUAUUAAAUAUUAUUAAAUAUGGAACCAGAAAUUAAAGUAUUUAUCUAUAAGCCAAUCAAUAAACUUGGUAUUUGUAGUCAGUUA